ACAGUGUCUUCCAGGUAAGAGCCAGUAUAAAUGUCAGCCACCCAACAGGAGGAGGCCAAUCGGAUCACCCAGUCCUCCCUGAGUUGUCGAACAACUGCUAUAUGAUUCCCGUCGUGUUUACGGCUAGCAACCCAGAAAGAUGCCACAGAAAACGCUGGGAUCCAUUGUAGGUCUGCUGUGUGCUGGGACGUGUCUAGUGCAGGGAAAGGAGUUCUGUUUGGGGGUAAACAAUGACCAGUACCGCUGCGAAAUGGGGUACUGUUGUGGGGAGACAAAGUGCUGCACCUACUACUAUGAGCUGUGGUGGUUCUGGCUGGUUUGGACCCUGAUUAUCAUGCUAAGCUGCUGCUGUGCCUACCGACACAGGAGGGUUAAAAUGCGUCUGCAGCAGGAGCAGCGGCAACGUGAGAUCAGCUUGAUGGCUUAUCAGGGAGCCUCCAGCUCCUUCAUCUCCCCUCCACCAUUCAACCUAAGAUUCUGGAAUGACUGCAAGCUUCCUGACUAUGAAGAGGUAGUGGGCCAUCCCCCGACACCUCCUCCACCAUAUUCUGAAAUCCCUCCUGAGACCACUCCAUCCCUCCUUCUCUCAGCCAGCCAGUCAGAAGCUGCCUUGGUGCUUGAAACCCCAGCAGAGGAUGGGCCUCAUGCUUCAGGGUCAUCGACAGAUCAGGAAGUGGUGGCAAGACCCAGCCAAACGCAGCAUCUGUCAGGAGACGACACACUUGGCGCUUCCUUUGUAGCAACAGAAGAGGAGGAAGAGGUUGUUACCCGGCGCCGGCAUGUGACGGGUGAUUCAGGGAUUGAGGUGUGCGUGUGCCAGCUGGAUGUAGAUGAGAGCUCAGGGCUUGAGGAGGAGAGCGAUGAGGAGCAAAGAGUAUGCCAGGUUGGUGGGGGAGACUGUUGCUCUGGACGUCAGCAACACACCUUCAGACACAAAGAAUGCACCACUGAGCCCCCAACCCAGACCCCCAGCACUAGCACUGGAGACCACAUGGUCUGAUCUCUAGCCUAGCCUUCCAACCAACUAACCAGCCAACCAUUCUGGCUUACUGUUGAUGCUGCUGGGCUUGUUUUUAGAUAGUCAUACACGAGAGUUGUUAUCAUCAUCAUCAUCACUGCAACUGUGUUGUUUUGUUGUGUCAGCUAUCAUUUUGACAUGGAAAUGAUGAUGAGGAUGAUAACAAACUCAACAGUUUGCUUAGAAAAUACAAAUAACUCAUUGUGUGGAUAACUUUGUGGUUUAGUUCUUCAAUGUUUGUGGAUGGUUCCUAAAUGUUUUUUUCCCCCCAUGGAGCAACAAGCAAACAUAUGUUGAUGUUCUCAUUUAGAAUGUGUAUGGGCUCAAGUUAGGUUGCCCAGGCAGUAGAGAGAGGGACAAUAAAACGAUUGUGAUUGAAAGCAGAACUGUUUCCCCAACUUCUUCUCAUCCUGUCUAAGGCACUGCCAUCCCUGUUUCCCCUCUCUCAUGCUCUUCCCUGGUAGUUUUUGGCCAUUCAUUCAUCUGACAUGUUACAUUUGAUUGAAUGGCCAGCUAAUAGUAUACCUUUAUGGUCAACAACACACACCUCCCCUUGCUACUACCACCAAACGGGGGUCAAAAACACAAAAAAAAUGCAUCCCCCUUAGAUCCAAGACUAACUGGACAACAACAUCACAUCAUCUCUCAUUUUCCUAGGGCUUUCUGUCUUUUGUGUGUGU